AUGGAAUGCCUUGCAAUUCCUUCGUUGAGGUUUUUAGUAACCUCUCCUGACAAGAGGUUAAUCAAUUCAAAUUUAUUUAUUCAUGUGCAUCAAGAAACUUUAAAUUUAAGAUUACUUCAAUAUAUCCAUCAUACUAUUUAUGAAAAAAUACAGGCAGAAUCAGCCAUAAUCAAAGUUACUGAUUCCAGUUCAGAAGAAGAACCAACUGAAUUAUUUGGAUUAGGUCAUAUUUCAGAAUAUUGUCUAACUUACAAUUCAAAGAUUAUCGAAUUAUCAGAUAUUGUUAAAAAUAUCGAAUCUGAUUCCUCAUCUUGGUUAAUCCAGUUAGAAUUCAAAUUAUGUGAUAAAAAUUUUAGAUAUAGACAAAAAUUAGAUUAUCCUAUCUUUGGCGGUUUUAAUACAGUUAAUAUUCAUAUUCAAAUUAAUACAUGGUCGAAAGAGAAAAAAAUUGAUAUCAUUGAGUAUAAUAUCCCAUUAAGAUUAACCAUAAGAAAGUUAAAGGAUAAAAUAUUGGAACAUCUAAUUAGAUAUGAAACUUCAGAGGAAUUAAACUUUUGUGGGAUUAAAAGAAAACAUAACGUAAAUGACUUUGAAAGCUUAAGGAUAAAGGGUAAAAAAACUACAAUAUUUUUAAACGAUUCACAGGAUUCAGAAAUAUACAACGAUGCUACCAUUUCUGAAUUACUAAAUAUCAAUUUCCCAUCUGCUAAAAAUAGUUACUAUACUCUAUCCUUUAAAUUAAACCAUGGCAAACAUAAUCACCACCCUAAUGAACGAUAUUGUAUCGAAUUUAUUACAGAGGCAAAGCUAACUACAAAUAAAAUGAUAAUCACCCCAGAGACCACUGUUGAUGAUGUAAAGGAAUAUAUCUGCUCGAUUUACGCAAAUUCAUUGAGACUUUAUCAUAGAGAUAUAAAAUUAUCAUUUGAUGGUCAUCAUAUCCACACAAUGAAUGCUGCGGGAAACUUAUCUAAAAUUGCUGAAUACAUUACUGAACUUGAAGGUGCGAAGAUACAUCUUCAAAUUAACCAAGAAUACAUAGAACCAGGUCCAGGAUUUUGGUCAGAAUUAUUUAGUAGUCCCAAUAGAUUUAACUUUAUGUACACGGGAUCAUAUUGGGAAUCGGAAAGAAGUGCACAAACAUCAAGAGAUACACAUAAUAGCGAAGUAAAUGGGAUAAAUUUGGCUGGUCCAAUGAAGAAGCCUAUUAAAUUUACAACAGAGUCAGGAUUGGUUAUCAAGAGAACAGGGCUAUUAUACGAAGGAAUAAUUAAUGAGGACAGGAAGGAACAAAUGAUACCAGAAAAUUACUUCAAUGACUAUAAACAAAUUCUUACGGUUGAUGAUGACAGUAACCUUCAGUUGUCAAGAUCUGAUUAUAGAACAGAGAAUGGAUUUAUUAAUCUAACGUCUGAUGUUAUUGAUAAUUUAUUAAAUGAAAGAAGCAGAAACUUUGAACAAGAAGAGAUUAAAACGGAUAGCGCAAGAAAUAUUCGUGUAAGAAGAAGAAGAAGAUCAAACCAAUAUCUGGAAUAUAUAGUAGAGUUCUGGUCAAUUAUAAAAGUUAAAGCAGUCCAUAUAUACCCAUUAUUAUCAUUGUGUUCCAGUACCGUAAUUUUAGUAUGCUUUAAUAUCUUUUUCCCACUGUUUAUCAUUUACGAAUAUGGAACUUACUUUUCAUAUUCAUUAUCAUUACCUGUGGCUGUCUUUCUUUUAGUCAAAAUAUCAAUCUGCUUCAAAGAGUUGAAAGAAAUGUGGUGUUCUUAUUUAUAUAAGAGAAGGAUUUUAAGCGAAGAAAGUCUUUCUAACAUGAUUAAUUUUGUCGACAAGGGUUCAUUAUCAAUCGAAUUCUACAAAAAAUGUAGAGAUAAUAUAAAUGCAAUUGACGUGUUAUUGAUACCAAAUUUAAGAUAUAAGAGAAGAAGGGCUUAUGAGGUUUGUGGAUUUAAAGAAGUCACAUCACGUGAUGAAAUGAAACAUCUUAAGAAUCUGUUCCUUAAGACAGCAGAAGAAGAAAUACCGAAAAGCACCCUAGAUGGACUUUAUGAAGCGUGGCUAAGGUCCUUCCGGAAAUCAUUAGAAACCUCAAUACCCAAAGACCUGAAUGAUUUUAUCAUUUUAUUAAAAGAAGAGAUGCAGAAGUCAUAA